AUGGGAGCGUCGUUAGCAAUUGCGUUAAAAUGUCUCUUCGCCAUAUUGGGAUGUUUGGUUACAGGCUUCGUAAUCUACACUGUCGCCAUUGAUGGCUUCUCGUUCGUCAUUCUCUCUCUUUCUUACUGGAUGAAUUCUUGUAGGUUGACCACGAUAGAUUCUUACAUCCAUGUGUUUCUAAUAUGGUCCUGGGUUGUCUACAAGGAAGCAAACUGGAUUACUGCAAUACCUUGGGCGGUGUUGCUAGUAUGUUUUAGAAGCAUUACUAUAUGUGGCUACAUUCUAUUGCAAUUCCUGAAGCUUUCAACUCAGGAAUCUUUACAGGAUCCAGUUUACUUUGUCCUAUUACAAUGCCAGAAAAAGACUGAAACAGAACAAUGGAGGAAGUAUUCUCUUUUAACUGCAAGAAUUCUAUCUCUUGCUUUGGGCAGUUUGAUGCUAGGGACACUGAUUUACAUCCUUGUAACUUAUGGUUCUCCAUUUCACAGAGAUACUUUCACUCCGUGGAUGACAACAACACUAAUUGAUCACUUUGUCUUUGCUGUACCUCUCUCGGUCUGGGUUGCAUAUAAGGAAUCAAGUUGGCUAAGUGCAGCUUUUUGGAUCAUACCAAUUAUUUUGUUUGGCAGCACCAUCACAUGUGCCUAUAUUGCUCUUCAGCUUUUCAGUCUCUCAUCUCAAGAUCCCGCGUACCUUGUUCUUUUCAGCAGCAGCAGCAGCAACAGGCAAGGAAGAAAAAGAGGGUAUAAAGAAACCUCUCAAACAGACAGCAUAGGAGAAGGUCAAAUGAGCAAGAAGUUAUAUGGUUUAUUUGAUCAUUGGACUCUUUCAUAUUGUUUUUUUCCUAAUAAAUAUGUCAACAAUAUAAAGUUCCAAUCUACAUAUGUUUGUGUAAAAGAACCAAAAUGUUUCUUGUAA